GCAAACUAGGAAACAUUGUUUCGGAAACAUUUAUGUUUCGCAAUGUUUCCUCAUAUGUUUCCCUGUUUGCCCACCCUGGGAAACAUUGUUGCGGAAGCAAAAUUUGCUUCCGAGGAAGCAAAAAUGUUUCCUAUCAAAUUCAGAAACAUUUCAUGCUUCCCAAGUGUGAUUUUUGUUGCGGAAACAUUGUUUCCAUGUUUGCCCAUAUGUUUCCGCACUUUUUACCAAUUAGAGCAUGCGCAUAACACAAAAAAUGGCUGAAAAAUGGCUGAAAGUACAAUAGCAGUUGUUGUAGACGAACAAAGCAAUAAAAAAAGGGUUAAAAGCGAACGAGUGUGGAAAGACACCGAAACAGAGAAACUGAUAAGUUUGUACGAAGCAAGAAACUGUCUAUGGGAUGUUGGUAAUGCAAAUUACUCGAACAGAGACGAAAAAGAAAAGGCUUAUGCUGAAAUUGACAACGAGUUAAAGGAAUUUGGCAUCGACAGAGAAGAAUACAAGUACAAAUGGAAGAUAAUAAGAGGCCAGUUCAUGAGAGAAAAAGAAGCUGAAAGGAAAAGGAAAUCUGGACAAGGAGCAGACGAAGUUUAUGUUUCAAAAUGGAAGUGGUUUCAAUCCCUGAAAUUUUUGGAUUCAGUUAAAGAAAAUAUCAGCCCUACAAAAGGUUUCGAUUCCAUGCAGAAAGAAGAUGGCUCCAAACCACUGCCAAAGAAACAGAAACAAAAGCUAAAGGAAGACAACGAAGUAAAGAAAAUGGUUCUGUUAGACAAGGCUGUCAGUUACCUAGGUGCAGAACAGAAACAACUCUCCUUCACUGAAGAAGAGCAUUUUGGCAUGUUAGUUGCUAAAACAUUAACACGUCUCAACCCAAGGCAAAAGAUUUUAGCAAAGAAAAGAAUCAAUGACGUUUUGUUUGACAUUGAAUUUCAUGCACAAGGAGCAGAGGUGUCUUUGACUGACCAGUUUGCUCAUUCCGAGUUCAAUUUGUUUGAUCAACAACAUCAGUAUUCAAGAUCAGGCGUUAAUUUUCACUAAUGAAGAGGACAUACUUAAUUGUUUAAUUGUUGAUGUGAAACUGUUUAUUGAAAAUAGUGUACACAACAUAUAUGUUAAUAAACUAAUUAACACUAAUAACAGGUUUUUCGAGAAACAAUUAUAUUAUUCAAAUGGAAUUAUUUAAUUACAGUAUUCUGUACAUUGCAUUUCAAAUUAUUUAUAAAUUUAUUUAAAUUACAAAUAAAUUGUUUAUAUUUCAACA